AUGAAAAAGUCCUCCAUUAUUGAGGCAGCUGAUAUUUGUGUCAUAGUAGAUUUCUUCAAAAUAAAGUCUUAAAUCUGCAGAAAUGGGUGCCUCAUUUGUUCCCAUCACCAUAUUCACCGUCCUUUGGGGUGUUGUGGGCAUUGUUUGCCCUAUUUUCGCUCCCAAGGGACCUAACCGAGGAAUAAUCCAAGUGGUAUUAAUGUUAACGGCAGCGACGUGCUGGUUAUUCUGGCUGUGUGCGUAUAUGGCGCAAAUGAACCCUCUCAUUGGGCCCAGACUAAACAAUGAGACUCUAAUCUGGAUUGCUCACACAUGGGUAAGAUUUGUGUGCACAUGCCUGCAUUUGCUUGCACAAUAUUUAUUUUGCAUUCUCACCCAUUUAUUCAUUACAGCCUUUUAAAAGUCCACAGCUGAACGUAGACCUCCCCAUAGAACACCAUUACUCUUACUGAGAAAAUACUAUCUCCAUACCAAAACAAAACAAGCGAGCCUUACAAUAAUUGCAUAUGAUGUGUAACAUCUGACAUCUCACCUUGGUAAUAAGCAACAUUAACAUAUAUCCUAAAAAACGUGUUACGUGGUAGAGCCAUGCUGCAGCUAUAUUAGUAGCAUAGUUGUAGCAUGAAUGGGUCUGCUCGACCGGGGAAGGACCAGCAUAAUAUGACAGAUUGACACUGCUGUGUUUCGUGUGAUGAGUGUAGAGAACCGGAGACCCAUUUUACUGGAAAAGAGGCCUAAGUGCCUAAGGCUGGAUUUAGUGCUCAACCGACGGUCAGCACGUACCGUACGCGCUGACGGUACGUCGUGAUAGUCGGUCGAGGCCAAGCGUUUAGUGCUUCACUGACGGCAAGCUUUGUUAGAGGUGUACAAUUACAAAGAAAAACGAAUCCAUUUAACUCUAUAAUAUGUGCGUACUAUUUACGCAAACGAUUAUGGUGUAAAAGACGGAGAAGAUAUUAUGUGCACCCAAUAAUUGUAAACCUUUUAAUUGAAAGACAAUUUAGUUCACUGUAUUCGAAAUUGCGAGAACAAUGUUCAUGUAUCAAUGUUCAUUUUUGUUCGCGAUAAUGCAUAAGCGCGUACGGUCGGUCGCUAUGUCAGCGUCGCACUGAACGCACGCAUGUACCGCCAUAGCGCGUCAGUCAACCGACGUACGUCGGACCGACAAGCUCAACUCAACCGACGGUCCUCGUACGCGCGAUGUAGCCGUACGCGCGUAGUACUUCAUCAGCGCUGCACUGUAGAGUUAAUAGGUUUUUAUAGAUAGAGCUACGCUCAACCGAUGUCAGCGCUCAUCGUCGGUCGAGCACUAAAUCCAGCCUAAGUCCUCAGGGGUGCCAACAAAUUUGUAUUUUGAUUCUUAAUUGAGGAUAGCCACAGCAUCCACUUACCAUCAGGUGGACUGUGUGCUCGUUUGUCACCGUUGCUGUAUAAAUAAAUUAAAAAAAAAAAGUUAUAAGUACGCACAAUACGACAACGCAUCUGUAGCCGUUUUAUUUGAAGUUGGUUGUUUGUAUGUCCAUGGAAUGCAUUAGUCCGUAGAUGUACAGACCGCGGCCCGCCGGUCGAAUACUGGUGGCCCGCCGACAGCAAAAAUAAUACUCUCGUAAAUUCAAAAAUCUUGAAUUAUAUUCCAGAAUAAAACCAAAAAAAAAACUAUGUUCGAAAAGUAAUUUGAAUCUCGCGCGCGCGCUCUUCUUGCGAUUAUCGGUGCACCGUGCAUGCGUGGGUAACAGCGGUCGGUAAUGUUCGUGCUGAUCUCGGUUAAAUUCGUUUUCUUGAGGAACCGCCGCGGCCGGCGGCGCGGCGACGACGGCAGCGCGGUGGCGGCUUAUCCACGGGUUAUAUUGUUAGAGCAAGCGAGAUAGCAAUAGUCCCGAAUUCCCGAUUGCUCGCGUAGGUAGAUACACGAAGCUUCCAGAGUCGGUUUCGUGAUUUCUCCAGACAGUUUUCGACUCUAUACGCGCGGUAUAAAAGCCACGCUAACCGCAGCGACCGACAGUUCGGUUUUAAUUUGAGUGAAGUGUCAAUAGUUCUAGUGUAGAUUUUAACUCGACUAGCCGGUGUCAUAUAUUUUGAUCCACAUUCAACGUAGAUUUCCCGUAAGUGCCGUGUAUAAUUGUGUUGUGAAAUCGUAAGUAAAACUCUGUUAUUAAUAAGUGUUUCCCUACCUAUUUAAUCAAUUAUUUUUAGUAAUUUAAAAAAGGAUGGGUAAUUUAAGUAGGUACUGUAAUUGUUUUUAGGUGCUGUGUUAAUCCUAGCCAGGAUUAGAACGCAACAUGGACAAGCCAGGACCUAGUAAAAAACGUAAGGUUAAAGAAGAAAAUCGGCAGUUUCAAGAAAUUUGGACUGAGAAAUACUUUUUUGUAUGGUCGCAUAACAAAGUCGUUUGUUUAAUUUGCAAGAAUUCUGUUGCGAUUGCAAAGGAAUAUAAUGUAAAAAGGCACUAUGAAACGCAGCAUCCUACUUUUACCAAGUUUACAGGCCAAUUAAGAAAGCAAAAAUUGUUGUCUUUAAAACGGGAGCUUAUUGGUCAGCAAGCUAUGUUUACAAAACCCAUUCAAGAUUCAGAAACAGCUACAGAAGUUAGUUAUGAAAUUUCUCGAAUGAUAGCAAAGCGAAGUCGCCCCUUCAAUGAUGGGGAUUUUGUAAAAGAAUGCAUAGAAAUUGCCGCUAAGAAAAUGUGUCCAGAAGCAGCAAAAAAGUUUGAGAAAAUUCAACUGAAUCGUAUGACUAUCCAAAGACGAAUUAUGUCUUUGUCAGGUAAUAUUGCGGAACUAUUAAAUGAAAAAACUAAGAUCAUUGAAUUUUUUUCAUUAGCACUCGACGAAUCCACUGAUAUUAGUUCCACAGCUCAAGCUACGCGGUGUUACUCAAGAUUUUGAAGUCUUAGAAGAGUUAUUAGGAAUGUGUUCAUUGAAAGGUCAAACCAGAGGAGUUAUACUCAAUGUACUUUUGGAUGAGUGUUCAAAAACUGAUUUGGACUUAUCAAAAUUAUCGGGAGUUUCGACUGACGGUGCUCCUUCGAUGAUUGGUUAGUUAGUGAUUCUGGGCUAGUUACUUUGCUGAAAAAGCAUCUGCAAGAAAAAAACAUAAAAAUGCUGAAGAUCUCACGCAGUUUCACUGCAUUAUACACCAAGAAGCCCUCUGUUCUAAAAAAAUUGAAUUUCAAAAUGUCAUGAAAGUGGUAGUUUCGACUGUAAAUUUCAUAAAAUCACGAGGACUCAAUCACAGGUAAUUCAAACAAUUCCUUGAUGACAUCGAAAGCGAAUAUGGAGAUUUACUGUAUUAUACAGAAGUAAGGUGGCUAAGUCGUGGAUUGACACUGGAACGAUUUCUAAAUUUAAUAGAAGAAAUUAGAAUAUUUCUGGUGGAAAAGCAAAGGGAUGUCCCGGAACUUAAAAAUCCUGAUUGGUUGUGUGUUUGGCUUUUUUAGUUGAUAUUACAAAUCAUUUGAAUGUCUUGAACACACGGCUUCAAUGCAAAAAUCAACUGAUAUCCCAGCUCUACGCUCAUGUAUCAUCCUUUCAAUGCAAGCUGACACUUUUCAGAUCGCAAUUGAAUUCUGGAAAUUACAAUCAUUUUCUGAAAUAUAAGAAAAUGGCUGAAAAAUUCAACAAAACUGCGAUUAAUUUUAGUUAUGUAGAAAAGCUAGAUAUUUUGAUUCAAUCUUUUCAAGACUUAAAAAAGUGAAACCUCUGUUGGACAUAUUCAGCAAUCCUUUCACGAUUUCAGUUGAAAAUGCGCCAGAGUCAAUGCAGUUAGAAAUUAUCGACAUUCAAAACGACCAAGAUUUACGCAACAAAUUCAACGAAGGAGACUUGCUGAACUUUUACCGCUGCAUUGAUAAAAAUACGUACAAAGAGUUGCGCAUAAACGCUCUGAAAUGUGCCAGCUUAUUUGAUUCUACCUAUUAUGUGAACAAACCUUUUCAAUACU